GUACCAAACAUUAUAACAUGUGUUCAACAAGAGUUAAGAAAUAAAACACGAUAGAAAAAUAAAUAAAAAAUAAAAAUGAAAACGUUAACUCUACUUUUGACUGUUGUCCUUAUCAACCAGUGUUUCUGUGAUGAAACUAUUGAAGUCAGUUUAAAACAAGGUGUUGUUGUGGGUAAAGUAGAAAAGACUUUGAUGAAGAAUGAAAAAUAUUUCUCCUUCAAAGGAAUACCAUUCGCAGAACCACCGGUGGGAGAACUAAGAUUUUUGCCUCCAAAACCACAUGAAGGAUGGAGUGGUAACUUAGAAGCGUUUGAGAACAAACCAACAUGUCUGCAGCUUAGUAUCAGGUCAAGGAACCGUGAGGACACCGGGAUAUCUGGUUCAGAAGACUGUCUCUUCAUUAGCGUCUUCACACCGGACAUCAAAGGCAAUGCCCCAGUUGUAGUAUUCGACUACAACGAUAACUUUAGAACAGGCUUCAACGGCACCAAUAACUACGCUCACGACUUUUUCGUUGAAGAAGGUGUCAUUGUAGUGACCAUCAGUCAUAGAUUCUCUGUUUUCGGAUAUUUGACCACUGAAGAUGACGUCAUCAAGGGAAACAAUGGUAUCAGAGAUUACAUUCUUGGUUUAGAAUGGGUUAAGAAUAAUAUUAAGGAGUUUGGAGGUGAUUCCUCCAGGGUAACACUUAUGGGUAGCUAUGGUGGAGCAGUAAUGGCCGAUAUGCUUUUAUACUCCGAACGAGCUAAAGGCUUAUUCUCUGCUGCCAUUCUUCAAAGUGGAACCUCUCGUGAGCGACUCUUUUUCUAUGAACACCCAAGGAGGAAGGCGUUUAAACUCGGUGAAGUUUUUAACAUUACAACCGAAGAUAGCAGAGAAUUACUAGAGGGGUUGCAGAAAGUGGAUGCAGAGAAGAUAUACCUGUCUUUAACUGAAACACUUGUUGAUGAUGAUGAGGAAGUUUACAGGGCUGGAGUAUUCCCUUAUACGCCCACUGUUGAACAAACAGAGGAUGCAGUAAUCACGAGUCUACCAGAAAAAGGCAAAUUAGUAAAUGAUGUUCCUCUUAUAAUUGGCUACAACUCAAGGGAAGGUAUAGACUUGAUUUCCCACAUUAUCUUUGAACCAAGAGUGUUAGACACUAAAUUGGAAGAAACCCUUCUUCGCCUCCCGGUAAGACUGGACUUUAAAUUCGAUACGAACAGUUCUAUCUUCGAGCAAGCCAGAAAGGAGAUAUUAGAGUUUUAUUUCAAAGAUAAAUCUCUACAUUAUGGUAAUAUUCUGGAAUUUGCUGAUUAUGUCGGUGAUAAUUUUAAGUCAUAUCCUACUGAUUAUGCUGCAAGAGAGUUUGCCAAAGGUCUGUCUUCUUCUGUUUAUUACUACGUUUUUGACUUUAGAGGUCAAUUGAAUGAGAACAGCCAAUAUAUGACGACCCAGGCGAGGUCCACUAUUAGGCACGAAGGAGCCACUGUUUGCGAUGAGCUGUGUUACUUGUUGGUAUGCUCCCGUAUUAGGAGGACUUAUGAAGAUACUUUGAAAAUGGCAAGUGUACAGAGGGAGAUCAAAGUGCUGAAGAAAAUGGUUCGGAUGUGGACGAAUUUUGUUAAAACUAGGAACCCUACCCCAGACGCUGACGACAACAUUCUUAAAGGAUUCACCUGGAAACCAAUAGGCGACGAGCCCGAGACCAACUACCUCCACGUCACAAAGAACCUCCGCAUGGGGACCAAUCCUCUCGGAGACCGAAGACACUUCUGGGACAAAUUCUUAAACAAAUACUCCAAGUUAGCCGUCAAUGGUAUCGUGACCGGUGAACCGACAGGAGAAUCACUUAACUCAGAAUCAAUUAAAACAAAUGGAGUAGAAGAAAUUGUAGUAGAAGAAACAGACUUAGAAGACGACAUGGUAGAAGAUGAGGAAGAAGACUCAGUGGAGGAAACAGUAGAAGAACCUGUAACUGGAUCAGGAGGCGUGACUGUGAUAGAUGAUGCUAUUCCAAAUGAGGAGUUUGAAGGUUUUACGCCUGAUACCGUUCAUGUUGAGCUUUGAUUUGUAACAUCUGGAGUUUUAGGAAAAAAAAUAAUGUAAGGAGUUUGAGAAGGAGCUUUUUAAUAAGAUUAAAUUGAGAUUUUGUUA